AUGGGCGAUAAUCAGAAUUCGGACCCUUCCAAGCAGAGAAGGAUGUCCAAUGCUGAGAUGCUCCUUGUAAAGAGACUACAGAAGUCUGCCAACAGGGACCAAACGCGUGAACUUGUGGAAACUAUAGACUCGCUUGUUCCCAUCCUUUCACCAAUCCGCCGUCAUCGGUCAUGUUUGGUUUCCGGUAGAAGUGUAACUCAGCUUCUGGAGGAUCUCUUGGAACAUGUGGGAAGGAUCGUCAAGGAUCAGAAGAAGGGGGCACCUGGGAUCUCGAGCACGUCGAACAUGUUAUAUAAGCGUGCUUUCUUGGACAGUCCAUUUCCUUUCUUGGUAGUAAGCAAAGCCAACUUCAACAUCAUAUCCAUGAGCAAUGUGUUGGAGAAAUUUUACGUUUCUAUCCCCUUCAGUGGUCCUGUUGGUCACUGUAUCCUUCACUUUGUGCAUCAAAGUGAGCAAUUUUUGUUGAGAGAAGUGUUGAAAGCCUCGAGCGACGCGAAACGACUCUUCCCAACAAUGUUUCAUUUCUUAACAUUUGACGACAAAUGUGUACAUAUCUUGCCAUUGCUGCUCAGAAACGUGUGGUUUGACGAUUCGAAUCAAUUCGCCUUCUUGCGCUUUGUCAACUGCGAAGAUGUCGCACAGGUGAAGCCAACGUGUGCAAGGCCGGAGCACUUCAAUGGGGACUUUGUGUUUGAUCAGGUUUCCUCUUCAAUCCUUCCCGCGGACCUUGAGGAGAGGAUAAGGAGGCACGAGCCGACGCACACAGAAGGUUUUCUGCCGUUCCUUGACUGGCACAAGAGCUGGAGAGAGUUUGAGAGGGACGAGGGUGUAAAACUCAUGGCAUCGCAACUGAGCUGCUCUGAGCGCUCGCUCGCGGCUCGCAGCGCUUGUUUCAGGCUCUCCUUGGAGGUGAAUACGAAGAACUUUGUUUCCUCUUGCAUUCUUCGUUACCGGAUGCGGAUCCCUCCUUACUUGGCGUUGACGGCGAGCGACUUGGGGAACGACUUCUGCAUAGCGCUGGACGGAUCACUGAAUGAGAAGGACGAGACGUCGUUCUUAUGCGUGUGUCCUCACAAGCACAGCUCGGACGAUUGCUUGAGAUACACAGAGUUCCAUCUGAAGCAGGUGAACCUUGUGCUGAUGGUGUGGAUGCUUUCAAAGUCUAAACGUUUGAAGGUUGGCGGAACUCUGCUCUGCUAUCACACUCGGCACGUGACGCUGACGAGGGACUGCUGGUUGACAGAGGGGAAUCUCUGCAGUCUCGGCGACUCCUUCGAGUUCCGACUUGUCUCGUUGCGAGUCAACGACAUGCACUGA